AUGAAAUCAUAUUUGAUUGGUGACAUUUCUCCUAAGUCCAUUGUAUUGAAUGGUGUAGUUCCGGACCGAGAUGUGGACCCGAUGAUUUCAAUACUCGAGUUUCCCGUUACACUUUCCAGUUCCUCCAGCUCAGUAGGCGUGGUGCCCCCAAAUAUUUUAUCUCCUAAUCAGAAGUGUAGGUGGCUCCUUUUCCCUGAUCAUUUUGAGCAAUUGUUUCUUGAAAUUUACCAGGUAGGCCCUCGUUACACUUGUCCUUUUACUUUGGGUCAUGUUACCCUUAAACCAGCUGAUGCAGAGGUGAGUUUAUGGGUUGCUGAGGGUAUGAAGCUUGCAAGUGAAGAAAGGUUGGUGAAGGUAGCGAAGAUGUAUGCCGACCUGUCUAUAUGUCACCGAGAAGGUAUGGCCAAGGUUGCUUUGCUGGAAAAUCAGAAAGCUCUUGCACAAACAAAUUAUGAACUCUAA